GACACGCUCCCCACGCCCAGGUUAAUCAUGUCCAAACCUGCUCGCCUUGUCUGCUUUCUGACACACGGGUUCUGCCACCGGACGCUGCUUCUUGAAAUCACUUGUUUUGGGGUUCAACUUGCAGCCAUGCCAGUCAAAGUGUUUUACACCAGUGUGAGCGGUAACUCUCAGACCAAGAAAGACCAACAGAAACUCUUCAUGGUCCUUGAGAGCAAGAAGAUUCCUUUUGAGAGAGUGGACAUUGCCGCGAGUGAUGCGGACAAGGAAUUAAUGAGGUCUAUCGUUGGGGACCCAAAAGCAUUGCCACCGCAAAUAUGUAACGGGAAUACUUACUGCGGAGACAUGACUGCGUUCGAAGAAGCACUUGAGUGUGAAGAUUUGGGAGCUUUUCUCAAAAUCUAACUCUGAGAGGACACUGAGAGCGACUGGCUAGCACGACCGCACUACACGGCAGAGAUCCGGCAUUCAAUUCCAGGGUCUGGCCUUCUAGUGUGGAGUUUGUAUCUUCUCCCUGUGCCUGUGUUUUUGGGUUGACUUUCCCUUCAAUGACGCAAACCAAUAAAGAACAAGUUAAAAACGA